GAGCCACUGCGCGGCCUGCCAGGGUUGGGUUCCCGUGGCCUCAAAUGUGAUUGGUGGGGAAGUAAGGCGCAGGCGAAGCUAUAAAUAGGGCAUACGGGGGGAGUUACUCUGUUCCUCCGGGAGAGAUGAGAGUCCUGUAGCAGAUCUCGUCGGUGUUCUUGAUCUGUACAGCGGCUCUAUGCCACUUCUCUGCCCUAUCCCGGCGCCCCGCUCCUCCGCAGCCAUGGAAGCCAUCUGCUCGGUUGCCCCCAUUAGGGUGGCAGGCAAUUGCUGUACCUGUCCGAGGGUCCGAGAGGAAUUUUACCCUGGAUGCCACAUUUGUUGUGGCCGCAGGAUCAUGAAGGACCCAGGCGAUCAGAUGAGAUGGCGAGAUACCAGAGGACCGAGUGCAUAUAUACCUCUAGCACAGCUGCCAGGGCCAGUCGUGAGUGAUAAUAUUGCUGCAGUAAUGGGACUACAUCCAGAGUAUAUGCGUAUCUUUUGGAAGACUCAGCAUCAGCUCCUGCGUAUGGAUGGGGCUUUAUCACUUCCAGAAAGACACUAUGUGGCCAUAAUGGCUUCGGCUCGCCACCAUUGUGUGUAUCUAGUCUCCCUCCAUUCUUCUUGCUUCCUUCAAGUUGGUGGAGAUCCUCGUUGGUUGGAAGGCCUUUGUUAUGCCCCUCUCAAACUGCGCAGGCUGAAUGAUUUGAAUAAGAUCCUUGCUCAUAGACCGUGGCUUAUUACAAAAGAACACAUUGAGUCACUCCUGACAUCACGUGGGGGUCACUUCUGGUCUCUUGCUGAGCUCAUCCAAGCCCUUGUUUUGCUUACCCACUUCCAUGCAUUUUCCUCAUUUAUUCUUGGCUGUGGCAUCUACCUCCCAGAGGGACAGGGCACUGAGCGUCCCCCGUCUCCUGAUGUCCCCAAUAAUGAGGGGGCCAGCACUCCACAAGAGGCAGAGCGUGUCUUGGCCCAAAUGAAGAAACUGGAUGAGGAAGGGCAGGAGAUGAGUCAGGAAGAAAUGGAGACAAGAUUUGAACGGGAGAAGAGAGAGAGUGUACUUGUGACUUCCAAUGGUGAUAUGGCUCAGUCUGUUCACUCUCCUGGUAUUCUCUGCUUCCUGGAGGACCCUGAUUUUGGCUACAUUGAUUUUACUCGAAGGGGGGAGCAGGCUCCUCCCACGUUUCGUGCUCAUGACUACACAUGGGAAGAUCAUGGUUACUCACUACUACAUAGGUUGUACCCAGAAGUUGGUCAGCUCCUGGAUGACAAGUUCCAAGUAGCUUACAACUUGACAUAUCACACCAUUGCCUCACAUCAGGACAUAGAUACUUUCAAACUGCGGAGAGCCAUCUGGAACUAUAUACAAUGUAUUUAUGGAAUUCGGUAUGAUGAUUAUGACUACGGUGAGGUGAAUCCGCUGUUGGAGCGAAGCUUGAAGGUUUUUAUGAAAACUGUCACUUGUCAUCCAGAAAGAAUUACACGCCAGUUGUAUAAUGAAUUCUGGAGGCAAUUCAAGCACUCAGAAAAGGUACACUUGAACUUGCUGCUGCUGGAAGCUAAACUGCAAGCUGCUCUGCUGUAUGGUCUAAGGGCAAUCACCCGCUAUAUGACGUGAGCCAAAUGAAAUGGAAUCCUGCCAAUUAAGGCCAUAUAAACCCCGUCAUUGCUGUAUGUCUAAUGCAUAUUUGCACAACCUAUGGGACCACUUGUGCUGAAAGUUCUCUUCAAGUAUAAGGAGUGUUCUUCUGUUCGGAUCUAAAUGUUUGCACAGUUCUAUACCCGAUUCCAUGAGGGUGAUCUUACUGUUUAAAAGAAUGUGCUGCUUAGUAUGAUACUGUGUACUUUUUACAGUUGCAGAAUUUCUGUAUAUACACAAGUGUCUAACUUUGUUUACAUGCUGCACAGCUUUAUAGCUAUUGCUAUUAAUGAGUAUUGCACAGUGCAAAGUAAAUAAGGAUGCAUUGUGGUUAUUUUUUAUAUAAAGCCUCAUGGUCUACAUGGAUGCAAAACAUCUCAAGGCUUGCUUACAUGUUGCACUAAUAAGAUGUUUAAUUUAUGGUCAGAUGGAAUUGGCUCCAGCUUGGUUAUCCACUGUAAGCCAGAACGCAUACUGAGGAAGAUGUGCCUCCACGUGGAGCAUAUUUGUGUCUGUGUUGAUUUGAAACUUGUUUGCGUGGCAUAUGUUUCACACACUACCUUUCACUGAUUAGUGAGUAUUUGCAGAUUCUGUAAGGCAUGCACACUUCUAACAGUGUAUGUUUUAUAACCAAAUGUUAUUUUUUGCUAAGAUUUUGCUGAUUUUUCUCUUUUCUCCUGAAGUGAGAUUUAGAAGCUCUCUUCCAAGCUGCUAAGUGCAGUAUUUAAAGUUUUACAAGGUUAUUAAGCUAGACAAUAUAUAUAGUGACUCUUCUACCUCUGAUUAAAAGGCACAUGCAUAGACAUUUUAUACUGUGAAUGUUUUCCUCAGGGUCCUAGAACUGUGAUUGAAUAUCGUGCAGGGUCAGAGGGGUGGGCAGAACCCCCCUCACUACUACUUUUUUAUCUUCAUUUCUGAAAGCUUGUUACAGCUUUAAUUUUGAAUGUGUAAUAAAGAUUUUGAUAUGUUCUA